UUACUGUCUGUUUUGGUUUUUGAUCCAAUAAACAGUUUUGAUGUUUGAAAGAAGCGCAAACCAUAGAGUUGAAGAGCUCCAGCAGAUCAUAGAUGGAUCUUCAUCUAUGGCAGAAGACAUUACGUUAUGUUAAAGUUAACGCAAAGAAAAUUGAAUGGCCAACAAGGAGCUUGAGAUGGACACACAAACUUCACCAAGAAAUAACUUUUUUGUUACAUCCCAAAGAAGAGAAUCAAAAAUACCAAUAGAUUUAUUCAAGUCCAAAGUGCGUAGACUUUCAGAUGUUUCUUCGUCUUCUUAUAUUUUGAACUCCUUAGACAUCUCAACCGCGUUCAUUGGAAACAUUUUUCGCACCAAUUACCGCCGACUGGCAGCUUUUGGUUUGGUUCUGUGGAUUGUGAACAUUGUUCUGUGUUUCUCGUUUGACUUCUACGAAGCGCACAAGAAGUAUGGUAUUGCUUGGGGAAUAGUAAAGGCUGUAGAAUGGCUGGUGUUUUGUUGUGGAAGUUAUUUUGUUAUUUUUAAAACUAUUCCUUGGAUGAAAGAAGGAUUAAGAAAACUGGAAAAUAAUUAUCAUGGCAUUGAUUAUGAAAAAUCAAUGUUUAAGAUAACAUUAAGUCUUAAGAAACUACAAUUAUUCCUGGUCAUUUUUACAAUCACUGGUGCGACAUUCCAAUAUCUUACCAUCAAAUUUGCUGAUAAAUCUGGUCACGUGACUUUUAACCAGUCCCUAUCAUCCGGUGCCGUUGUGGUUCUCAAUAUAUGUCGUUUUAUGAGUAGUUUACACAUGUUAUAUGCUUAUGCAUUAUUCUGGUGUCUGGUAAAUAGUGUUAUGGUCAUGGCUGGUCAUUCAAUGGUCCAGUUUCAAGAGUGCAUCAGUACUAAACUCAGAAACAAGAGGUUAUCUCCAACAUUCCGGGAAGCAGUUUCAAUGUUCGACGAACGACUGCAUUUUGUAAAAAGUUCUUCAAGAUCUUGUGUGGUUCUUCUGUUUUUACUGCUGUUUCUAACACUCUUGUCAGUAAUGGUGAACAUCUACCUGUUUCUUUAUAAAAACCGUUUUAUUCUUUACAUUUGGUAUACAUUGAUGCCCUUGGGACUAGCAAUUUACCCUAUGUGCACCGCGGCCUGGGUUACGAAGCAAUACCACUGGUACUUUGUUGCAGUUGUUAAGGCCUGGGCUGAGUACCCAGAGGACAGUUCAAGCGAGUCCGAAGAAGAAACCGCUGAACUUAAUGACAGUACGCUUCAGGUGACAAGAUCGAAAUCACUCUCUCCUGAACCGGACAUGGGCAUUCAUCUUCCAAACUCUGAUCACGUGUCAGUCGAUGAGCCAAUCACAGAGGGUUAUAAUGAAAGAUGGCGGAAUGUUCUCCGAGGUUCGAUAAGAGUUGUGGGACGUUUGCAACAUCAGCGCAAAAUAACAAAAUUCAAUUUCGAGAAGUAUAUCUCAUAUCUACAGCACGUGACACCGGGGUCUGGGUUCAAAAUCGGAGCCCUUUUAGUAACAUGGGAAAAGGUUUCAACCUCCUUAUUCCUCUUGACAUCAAUUGUUGCUGUAUUUCUUCAAGAAACAAUUUUUGGGAAUCAAAAACCAAAUGUAUGAAAUGGAUUACAUAGCUGUAAAACAGUUAAGAGUACUCCAAACCUUAAAGUAAAAUUACCUACACAA